AUGAAAAAUUUAAUAAUAAUAAUAUUUUUAAUUAUUUUUAUAAACAAAUUGUUAUUUGUAGAGUCAACAUAUUCUUCUCCAGAUACCUUUGAAUUUAGAAAUGGAACCAUUUAUGCUUUUGCAGAAUUUGGAUUUAUUAAAAAUGGUAGCUAUUCAAUGAAUAUAAAGAGAGAUAAAGUCAACUCAUCAAAUUAUGGAAACAUGAUCCUCGUUGUGGCAAUGUGUGCAAAUAGACAAAUAAAAUAUAUGAAUAAUGUAGAUCCAUGUUUUUUCAUAGAUCCAUUAAAUUUUUAUGACUUUGAUAUUUUAGAAAGAGCUAUAUAUUUCCCUUUUUUGGAUGGAUGUAUAAAUCACCUAGCAAUUAGUGAUAAUUUCGAUAGUAUUACAACUUUUAAUGGUACAAUUAUGGAUCAGGAUUAUUACAAGUUUGUAACAUUCUCUUGUUGGAAUUCGCCAGGUUCAAAGACAGUUCCAAUGGAAAUAUCAUAUGAACAAAUCAAUCCAAAUCAUAAUCACCUUAGUAUGGAGUAUUUUUAUUUCCCAAAUACAUUUUUAGUAUUCCUUAUUUUAUGGUCAAUUGUUGCAAUCGGCUGGUUAACAAAUUGGUUACUUUAUAGAAAACAAUCAACUAAAUUACAUUUUAUUAUUAGUUUAAUCCCAAUUUCAACUAUUGUUUAUCUUAUUUUCACCUACUUCUUUUAUUCAUAUUUAAAAAGGGAUGGGGAUUUUGGAUGGGCGGUAUAUAUAUUCAACUCUUUAAUUUAUUCAGCAAAGAUGAUAAUAUUUUUAAUUGUCUUAAUGUUAAUUUCCAUGGGUUAUGGUAUAAUGUUAAGGGAUUUUAAAUCAACUCGUUUCUUUUUUGUCAUUUUAAUAAUUAUUUUAUUCAGCUCAACAUUUAUGAGUAGUUUUUAUACCACAAACUCAUUAAACCUUGUAAUGUUAAUUACAUAUUUACCGGUACCAGUAUCUAUAAUAUAUAUGGCACAAUUCAAUAUAACAUAUAUUAGAACAUUAAUAAAUGGUGAUUCAGUAUCAAGUAAUCAAACAAAUAACAGUAAUAAUCAGAAUCAGGAUCAGAAUCAGAAUAAUAAUAAUAAUGCACAAGAAAAAGAAUUAGAAUUAAAAAGAUAUAAAAGUAUUUAUUAUUUAUUCCAAGGUUUUAAAUGGACAAUGGUACCCUAUUGUAUUUUAACAAUUAUAAUAGGAUUUGUUUCAGUUUAUGUUUAUUUCCCAUUUGUUUUCCUUUUAAUUCAGCAAAUACUAAACUUUAGUUUGUUUGUAAUGAUAGCAAUUAUUUUCCGUCUCAAAAAAGUAAAAAAAGAUACCUUCUAUGAAUUUUUUGAUGAAGAAACGUAUAAUAAUAAUAAUUCAAACGAAAUGUCAGAAAAGCAUUAA